AUGUCGGACUCAGUACAAGCAUCAAGUAGCCAGCCAUUCUCCACAGAAGCCUACUUUCAAUCUCAACAACCGCCGCCAACGCUCGCCGCAAAGACCGCUCAAGUUGCAGCAUUUGUCGAGAAAUGGCAGGGUGUGAAAGGGAAGCGAGUCGUCCUCAUUACUAGCGGAGGCACGACUGUACCAUUAGAAUCCAACACCGUUCGUUUCCUCGACAACUUCUCUGCCGGUACCCGAGGAGCUACAUCCGCCGAAUACUUUCUCGCGGCGGGAUACGCAGUGGUCUUCUUCCAUCGCCUCCAUUCGCUACGCCCAUUCUCUAGGCACUACUCGCAUUCGCUCAAUCCCUUCCUCGACCUCUUGACCAUCAAGAACGGUACCGAAAUCGGGGUCAAGGCGGAUGAUGCGGCCGGCCUACUCCCGGUUCUUCGGGCGUACAACCAGGCGCAGGAGAGCGGCUCCUUACUGAGUAUGGACUUUCAAACGGUCAACGAGUAUCUAUGGCUGCUUCGCGCCAUCACUCGGGAAAUGGCUCCCUUGGGACGAAGGGGCAUGUUUUACCUCGCUGCAGCGGUGUCUGACUUUUUCCUCCCCGACGAGCGAGUGGCGGAACACAAGAUUCAAUCCAGCGUUGGAAUGUUCUCACUCGAAAUGGACCAGGUACCAAAGGUCCUCCGCCCGCUGGUACAGGAGUGGAUCCCAGAGGGGUACAUUGUCAGCUUCAAGCUUGAAACCGACGAGAACCUCCUCAUCCCCAAAUCCCGCGCGGCUCUUUCAAGGUACGGCCACCAAGUCGUAGUUGGCAACGAUCUUCACCGGCGCAAGCAGGAGGUAGUCUUUGUCGAGCGGUCAGCGAAGGGGACUCCCGCAAAAGGGGCGGGCAAUAGCAGGCUGACGGGUGUGCAAACCCCACCCGUCAUGGAUGCGGAUCUGCCUGAGGUCGAAGAGUACGCAGAGACGUGGUUGAAGCUGGAUCAACUGCAGGGGAGCGAAGGUCGAGAGGUAGAGAUAGAGGAGUUGAUCGUCCGAGAACUUGUACUGCGGCAUACCAAGUGGACCCAGGAAUGA